GUUGGCAGCCAUGGCAGGCUCGCCGCCGAGUAUUGCUCGGUAUCCCGUACGGAAUUAACGAGGCGCCAGGCACGGAACGGACUCCUCGAUCCUCGUCUCUCGGCUCGGGCGCUCGGCCCACGCGCCAGCGCCAAUAGGUCGCGCGUGCGUCUCCCCGGUUUCCUCAUCGGGUUGCACCGCGCGUUGCGUGACCAGCUGUACCCUCCAAUAAGUAGCCGCAGGCUCCGCCGUCCGGACGACGCUUCCCAAGCCAAGAACAAGAACCUCUCUAGUCUCCAGCUUCCUACCGGACUUCAUAAUCCACCCCCCUCUUCUCCACGAAAAAUCCCAAGUCGAUCGAAACACCUCCCCUUCCCUUCCCGGCGGCCGCGCCUGAUCAAGUCGCGCACAGAAACCACGGGUGCGUCUUCUUCGUCUCAGGGUGGGGGUCCGAUGACGGGGGACGCCGUCUUGGACGGCCUCAUGGAGGUCUUUCCGCAGGUUGACUUCUCGACACUGAUAGAAGUUUCCAUACAGUUCAAGGAUGACAUUGAUGCGGCUGCAGAUUAUAUCAUCCAGAAUGUCGUCCCAAAUAUUGUCCCAGAGCCUAGUCAUCCAAGCAUAAAUGAGGAUUUGAAUAUUCAUGGAAAUCAGCAGGCAUUUGAUGACACAAAUACCCACUUAGGGCUUGAUUCGUUUGGUAACAAAACAAAUUCAAAUUCUGUACAGUUUGACCUAUCCAACAAAACCUCAGUUGAACAGAAAGAUAUCCUCACUGGAUCAUGUCCUAAAGUUUUUGAUGUUCCAUCAACAUCUGGUCAGAACUGCAUAUCUGAAGAGUUCAGUUCCGGUCCUCUGCUAGCUGGUUCUCUGAUGCAACACACCUAUUCCGAGAGAAACCCUGAGCUUUCAUCUGGAGGUGAUGUGUCACAUGAUGGUGCUUCCCCUCAAGUGACUGUACAACCAAGCAGUUUUGUUAAUCUCGAGUCUCUUGAUAAUGUUAUUUCCAAUGAACAUUACAAAAAGAAUGCCCUGAUGUCAAAUGUCGUUGCAAUAAGUGAAAUGCUACAGGAGGUAGAGCUAAAUGAAGAAAGCACAAAACGUGCUAUUUCAGAAGCAAGCCAAGCUGGUAAUGAUAUUCUUGUAAAGGUCGAGGAACUAAAAGAGAUGACAACUCUUGCAGUUGAAGAAAACAACAAGGUGGAAGGGGAGAUUUUUGCUGAAAAAUCUAUUCUAGCAGCAGAAGCACAGGAGCUUCAAUGUCGGUUGUCCAACAUUUCUGAAGAAACAAAAUUUUUUGUGCUGGCUAUCGAGAAGAUGCAAGAUACUCUUCAAAGAAGACUUGCUGCUGCAGAAGCAGAAAGAGCAGCUGCUGAGAAGGCAAAACUUGAAAGAGAAGCAUCAGCUCAGAAAAGUCUUAUUGAACAGGAACUUCUACUCGAAGCAGCAAAGAACAAGUCUAAGAGGCUGGAACAGGAAGCACAGGAGAACGCAAAGCUGAGAGAGUUACUGACAGAGCGAGGACGUGUUGUGGAUGCAUUGCAUGGGGAAAUGCUUGGAAUCUUUGACAGCAUAACAAAGCUUAAGCUAAGAGUGGAUAAACAGAUUCCUGAUGAUGUAGAAUGGCAACAUAUUUCAUUGAGAUUGUCUUCGUCCAACUUGGCUGUUGAAGAGGCAGUGCAACAAGUUCCAUUGAUCUCGUCAAGGUCUACUGUUGAUGAAGCACAGCAACAAAUUCCACCAGUCUUGUCUUGCUCGGCUUCUGAUGAACAAGUGCAAGUAGUUUCACCGAUCCUGUCUAGCUCCACUUUUGAUGAACCGCUGCAACUAGUUUCACCGAGAUUAUCUAACUUGGUGAGAUCAGCAAGAUCGAACGGCAGCUUGGCUGAAUCAGUCACGUCUAAAAGCAACUGGUCAUCUGCUGUGGAAUCUAGGAUUGAUGAUUUUUCUUAUGCCAGUUUUGGCUUAGAUGAUAGUUGGGAUGUAGUCGAUGAUGACGAGACCAAGGAGUCCCCAGCUAGCAUACCGAUGCUGCUCUAGAUUUAAUUUGCUGGCAUCUUCAUCAAGAUUAGCUAGAAGUGCCAUAAGCCAUAAUUUUUUCUUGAUGUCUAGGUUCUUCUAUGAAGUCCUAAACUAUAUGGUUAUUUCGAUCUGGAACAAGCUGAUGGAUAAUUCAGAGUCAGUAUUCAAAGUUUGUGUCA